AUGAUAGAAGGUAUAGUCUUGGGCCACAAGAUUUCACGCCAUGGAAUUGAGGAAGACAGAGCCAAGAUAUCGACAAUAGAAAAUUUACCUCCUCCAUUGUCUGUUAAAGGGGUUCGUAGUUUUUUGGGCCAUGCUGGAUUUUAUAGGAGGCUCAUAAAGGACUUUUCAAAAAUUUUGAAGCCUUUAUCUUCUCUACUUAUGAAUGGUGUGGUAUUUAACUUUUAUUCUGACUGUUUAAGGGCAUUUAACACAUUGAAGGAGAAAUUGGUAUCUACUCCGAUUGUAGUAUCACCAAAUUGGGAACUUCCUUUUGAAUUAAUGUGUGAUGCUAAUGAUUAUGCAGUAGGAGCGGAAUUACUUGCAAUUGUCUUUGCAUUCGACAAGUUCAAGCCAUAUUUAAUUGGUAAUAAGAUGCUAGUGCCUUUGGUAAGAAUUGUGAUCGUUGCCAAAGGACCAGGAAUAUCAAGAAGAGAUCAAAUACCAAUGAAUGGAAUUUUGGAAGUUGAGUUGUUUGAUGUGUGCGGCAUAGAUUUUAUGGGGCCUUUCCCAUCAUCCUAUAAUAAUAAGUACAUUUUGCUGGCAGUAGAAUAUAUUUCUAAAUGGGUGGAAGUUGCAGCAAGUUCUACUUGUGAUGGUAAGGAAGUAUUUAAAUUUCUUCAUAAAAAUAUUUUUACCCUGUUUGGUACUCCAAGAGAAAUUAUUAGUGACAGAGGUAGUCAUUUCUAUAAUAAAUCAUUCAUAGCUUUAUGUGCUCAUUAUGGAGUUCAUCAUCGGAAGGCCCUGUUUUAUCAUCCACUUGCUAAUGGUCAAGCUGAAGUGUCCAACAAGGAGAUUAAAAGUAUUUUAGAGAAAACUGUAAACACAUCAAUGACAGAUUGCUCAAAAAAGCUUGAUGAUUCAUUGUGGGGAUAUUGA